CGCAGCAGUAUCAUCGUCGUCGCCUCCCUCAUCUCUCAAAAACCAAACCUCGCUGGAAUCUGCAGAACGGCUGAGAUCAUGCGCGCCGAGCUUCUCUGCCUCGACGACAUCACCGUCGUCAAAACCGCCGGAUUUCAAAGCGUGAGCGUGAGUUCCGAAGUAUGGAUGCCGCUGCACGAAGUCAAAGAACCCAGUAUCAAAGACUUCCUCCGCGAGAAAAAAGCAGAGGGAUACACCAUCAUCGCACUCGAACAAUCGUCCUCUUCUGUCGUCUUAGGCACCUACGCCUUCCCUGAAAAAUGCGUCCUACUCCUCGGAAGGGAGAAGGAGGGCGUGGACGCGGAUUUGUUGGUCGAGGUGGAUCAGGUUAUUGAGAUCCCGCAGUAUGGGUACACGAGGAGUUUGAAUGUGCAUGUGAGUGCGAGUUUGUUGUUGUAUGAGUAUACGAAGCAG